AUGACAGAGCCGCACUGGAGAGUCGCGUGGCUCAUGAAGCAACUCGGCGGACGAGAGAAUCUGCCGCCCAAGCUGACAUCACCUGCAGAAGAAGAAGCGCCGCCGUCGAAUAAACCUACAAACUACGACUCCGAGGAGGAAGAGAGGAAGAAUCUGCCCAAGAUUGACACUCCGGCGGCUGUUGUGGAGAUUCAAAACGCAAGACUUCAGCAGCUGAAAGACUCAGCGACAGCUUCAGCACCGAAUCCAAGAGCAUCAGCGGCAUCCAUGUCAGACUUCGGCUUCGAAUCAGUUGCAUUCGACGAGCGCAAGGGACAGCCAGCACCUCUCGGCAUCAGCUUUGCACCGUUUGCCGCCGUCGCCAAGUACUGCUACACCUUUGUACCACCCAAGUGGUUGCAGCCAUUCGCAACCGAGUUCUUCGACAACGAGAAGAUUUACACGCGCGAUUGGGACCUCUACUACAUCAACUCCGAGUAUUGUGGCGUCCUCACCUUCGUUCCGGAAUACCAACUGCAGGCUCUUCUCGCUUCAAUCAAUACGAAGUUUCCAGAAGCCAAGAUCAAAAUCACCGACCGCAAUCGCGAAUCCGGUCUGAUCAUCGACUUCGAAGAUCUUCCUCAACAUCUCCGACCACGCUGGCUAGGCCGUUGCUCGUCACGAUCCAAGUUCCGAGCCUGGACUGAUCAGCUCCAGAUGGAGCCUGCUUCGACCAUCCCCACAGGGGACCGCAGCGUGGAGGCUUUCAAGGCGAAGAUGGACCUCGCGGCGCAGAGCGCGAAAUCGAAGAAAAAGGCGCAAAAGGCAAAGACGUUUCAACAUGUCAUCGUGCAGAGACAGGAUAUGGUGCGUCAGACUCUCAGAGCACAGCGUUACCUCGGAUUGCUGCCCGAGAGUGACGACUCUCUUAUGCCUGACAUCGCCUCUCUCACAAUGGCCAGUGCUAUCGAUGCCAACGUGCCCGCGCCACAUCCCUUCGACAGCGAACCCAUCUUCAUCGCCAUCGAUCUCGAAGCCUGGGAGAUGGCACCACGCAUGAUUACCGAAAUCGGUAUUGCAACCCUCGACACCCGCGAUCUCAAAGGCAUCCCACCAGGCGAUGUAGCCCAGAACUGGCAUCAAUUCAUUCGCGGGCGCCACUUCCUCGUGAAGGAAUACACCGGAUACGUGAACCAUCAAUUCGUCCAAGGCUGUCCCAACAGCUUCGAAUUUGGCGAGAGCGAAGUCAUCAGCAAAGACCACAUUCCCUCUUACCUCACCAGCUGUUUCCACCAACCAUUCAGCCAUCCCAACCCGCCCGAAGACGUCUCCGAAGAGCCACGCAACAUCGUCGUUGUCGGCCACGAUCUCGCCCAGGAUAUCAACUACUGCCACCAAAUCGGUUUCUCGGUCCUCAAUCGGAGCAGCAUCAUCGAUACCGCGGACACGGUCAGCUUAUACCGCGCCUUCACCAAAGAUCCAAACGCUCGCUCAUUGGGUACGAUUCUUUAUGACUUCGACCUCACUGGAUGGCACCUGCACAACGCCGGCAACGAUGCAGCGUACACCCUGCAGGCGAUGUUGGCGAUUUGCGUGAGGUCCGCGAUGGGGCGGACAUCGGUCGAAGAGGAGAGGAUCAAGACUGAGGAGCUGGAGAAGAAGAAAGUGGACGAGAAGGUGGAGGAGGCGAAGGUGAGAGUCAAGGAGGAUAUGACUGGGUGGGAUUCGAGCGAUGGUGACGACGGCGGGGUGGCUCUGCCUCCCAACGAGAAAGACUUUGAGCUUGGUGCACAGCGCGGUGUUGGAGGAGGUGGUCGAGGUGGGCGUGGCGGUCGCGGAGGCUAUGGAGGUCGUGGUGGAGGUGGAGGCGGACUGUACACUUCUGGCGGUGCGCCGUUGGAUGUUUGA